UACGCGACGGCCGUGCCAGGACUCCAGGAGGGCAGGUGUAGAGGGAGCAAAGGGGACCACGGCCAAAGGUAGAAGCAAGUCCUGCAGAAAGAAAGGCGCUGCUGCUCCGGCUGCUGCCUCCGCCACUGCCGCCACCACCGAACCAGCGUCCAGAGCGGGGCUGGCAGGCCAGGCACGGAGAGGAGAGGAGCGAGGGGCGAGCUCAUGGAGCACACGCACGCCCACCUCGUAGCCAACAGCUCGUUGUCCUGGUCCCCCGGCUCGACCUGCGGCUUGGGCUUCGUGCCCGUGGUUUAUUACAGCCUCUUGCUGUGCCUCGGUUUACCAGCCAAUAUCCUGACAGUGAUCAUUCUCUCUCAGCUGGUAGCUAGAAGGCAGAAGUCCUCCUACAACUAUCUCUUGGCACUUGCUGCUGCUGACAUCUUGGUCCUCUUUUUCAUUGUGUUUGUGGACUUCCUGUUGGAAGACUUCAUCUUGAACAUGCAGAUGCCUCAGGUGCCCAAUAAGAUCAUAGAAGUGCUGGAAUUUUCAUCCAUCCACACUUCUAUUUGGAUUACUGUUCCAUUAACCAUUGAUCGGUAUAUCGCAGUCUGCCACCCACUCAAGUACCACACGGUCUCCUACCCAGCCCGCACCCGGAAAGUCAUUGUAAGUGUUUACAUCACCUGCUUCCUGACCAGCAUCCCCUACUACUGGUGGCCCAACAUCUGGACUGAAGACUACAUCAGCACCUCCAUGCAUCACGUCCUUAUCUGGAUUCACUGCUUCACCGUGUACUUGGUGCCCUGCUCCAUUUUCUUCAUCUUGAACUCAAUCAUUGUGUACAAGCUCAGGAGGAAAAGCAAUUUUCGCCUCCGUGGCUAUUCCACAGGGAAAACUACUGCCAUCUUGUUCACCAUUACCUCCAUCUUUGCCACACUCUGGGCCCCCCGCAUCGUCAUGAUUCUCUACCACCUCUAUGGGGCACCUAUCCAAAACCGCUGGCUGGUGCACAUCAUGUCCGACAUUGCCAACAUGCUGGCCCUUCUGAACACAGCCAUCAACUUCUUCCUCUACUGCUUCAUCAGCAAGAGGUUCCGCACUAUGGCGGCCGCCACGCUCAAGGCCUUCUUCAAGUGCCAAAAGCAACCUGUACAGUUCUACACCAACCAUAACUUUUCCAUAACAAGUAGCCCCUGGAUCUCACCAGCCAACUCACACUGUAUCAAGAUGCUGGUGUACCAGUAUGACAAAAAUGGAAAACCUAUAAAAGUAUCCCCAUGACCUCACAGGUUUGGCACCUAGUGCCUCUGUCUAAUCUAUUUCCAGAUGGGAGGGUAGCCCACUUAAAAGUGCUAACCUGAUUUCCUAUCUCCACAGACUGAGCAACCCUCAGACUGGUAGAUGAGAAAAGAUGGAAGAGAAGAAAGAAAAGCAUCAAUCUUGUUUUCAUUUGUGCAUUUAUUUUCACAACGUCACUUGACAGCAGAAUUUCUACCAGUUUGAAGAUGUCUUUAGAGGUUGUGUCAUCAUCCUGUGGCCAAUGAGGACACAGGAAAGAAAUAGUCUAUGACUUUGCCUUGGCACCAUCCAGUCAUUGGGAACCUCUCAUUUAUAUGACACACCAAGCCACAAUAGCAGGUAGCUGAGUCCACACUCUUCCUCUAAGAGCUGAGGUCAACCAUCGCUUCCCUGUGCCAUCCCCAGCAGCUAAUAAUGCUGACCACUGGGAUUUGGGAUUUUUCCAAGGUGCCCUUUGUCCUAGAGAAGGUUGUGGUCUUGAAGUGGCCCUGGAACCCUAAGCUACAGAAUGACACUGUAAGGGGACAAGCAAGUAUUAAUCCCAUCCAAACUCUGGCCAGAGCUUCUUUGGAAAGGCUUCAAACCAACAUAACUAUGACCCUCAGAUUUGGGUCUAAAAUGCAGGCUUUCUAUUUGUCAUUAUGUAUAGAUUUUAUCUAUCUCCUCCAAAACAAAGACCCCUGCCUGGUGUGUGGGGGGGAAGGAGGAUCUCUUGAGCCCAGAAAAACAAAAAAAUAAGCCCACUCUUGCCAUUGUUUCGAUCCAUCCCGUGUCAGCUGUGUAUGAUCCCUUUACUCAAAAUAGCUUCUUAUUGCGGUGCCACUUAAGCUUCCUGGAGAAGCCUUUUACAUGUAGAGUUGACAACCCUGCCUCCUUGCUUGCUGAAGCCCUCACCAAAUUGUUUUAUCUGAAGUGACUUCCAAACUGGACUUAAUUUUCAAGGGUCAGGAACUGUAGCCCUCCAGGUGUGAAAGGAGACAUUCUUAGCUCUGCCCCACAGUCUACCUGGUAUUACUAUUCAGCCACAAAUGCAGAUAAAAUUCACACGGAAAGGUGCCCAUGUUGUCUGCUUGUGUGCCCUUUGAUGCAUAUGGCUCAAAAGGGUGGUACCAGUUUUCAGUGAAGCUACUUAAUUCAGAUCCUUUGCAAAAUGAUAAAAUAUGAAUUUAUUUAGCUGUUCUCCCCUUGCCUGUCCAAGGCAAGAAGAGCUCUCUGAUGUAAUUAAUAGGGGCUUCCCUCGGAUUUGCCACUCAUGUGUGUACACACACAUGCCCACACAUGUUUGAUUAUAUUAGGCUUAUAUGUAUCCAGUAAUGUAUUUUAAAAGGGAAACCAUGCUGGAGUUCCACUUAUUUAGCUUUUUAAAAAUUUCUGUUCCAGAUUACCAGUAUUUGAAAUUAUCUGUGUUCUGGAAGAAAUCUCCCAAAAUGAUUUUGGAAUUGUAUGGUGUUUUUGGUGAGCAAACAAAAAGCAAACAGUCCUCCUGGAACACUUGGUUCCUCAGGCUGGAUUCUUACUACAUUUUUAGUCCUAAAUUGGAAGACGUGUUUACUCUUUUUAAGGAAAUCUGCAAUAAAAUGAGUAUGGUAGAAAAGGCCCCAGUGCAACACAAGCCCUAAACAAUUAGUCAAUGCCCUCAAUACUAAGUCAAUAUAAUUUUAGGUCAUGGUAGUCCUGAUUAUUCUAAUUCUUACUCCUUUUAAAUGACUGCAGUAGAGUCUCAUCUUACCCAAAGAUCAGAUUCUAAAGUCAGUGCAAAAGAAAAAAAUCUGGCAGAGCCGAAGUUACUUCUGCAAGGUCCUGAGGAAGGAACGGUAUUGGAGACCAUAUUCUAAUCCUUAUAAAACCUAACUCAGCUAAGUUCUUCUCCAGCAAUAGAACAGAUUUCUUAUAUCAAGGAUAAGACAAAGUUGGCAUGCAUUUAGAGACCUCCCUUCACUGUAUGAAUCUAAUGUAUCCAAGAACAUUAAGAUCGCACUGGUGCAGCAAGAUGCUCCCACUAGAAGAGGUUCACGGAAGUUGUAUGAGGGACAAACAGGUUAGUAUGUCCCAUAUCACACUCUCCCCAGCGCACAUGUGCAUCAAAUGGAAUGGUGGGCAGACUCCCCCACAACCUUUAAAUUGCAUUUCUCUUUCAGUUUCUUUUUUGCCAAGCACAUGUAGUCCAAAUAUGUCGUGUUCAUUAAGUGUGUGUAUGAUGCAAUUCCACCACACCCCCUUAUGAAUGAACAUUGACCAAAGGCUACCUACACUGAAUAUAUAUAUAUAUAUAUAUAUUUUUUUUUAAACACAUGGCUCAAAAAUGCUAGUUUGAGCUAUAUGUGGAUGAGUCACAGUGCAAUAGCUCUAAAGAUUAAGCAAUUCCUCUUUAAGAAUGUAUGCAAGAUGGAAAAUAUGUGUGUAAAUCUCAAUGCUCCCUGCUCCACAUUUUUAAUUACAUGUAAAAACUGUUGAUGUUUAAAAAAUAAAAAACUGGGUGUGCAUUUGGAAUGUUUUCCUCAUACACUCAUUUAUUAAUUCUCUUACCAGUAGAGGUUGUACCACGUUGUAUUGUGAUCUUUUUUCCUUCUGGCUAUAUUUUAUAUUUUGAUAAAUAAUAUUUAAAAGAGGUCUGAUUCUUGAAGGCAUUCCAAUGAGUUGUUAUCUUCUGGUUAAAAUGCAUAAGAGUACUCACUGGGUUAGGUUAAUACAUAUGUCCUAAAAUUUGUUUCAGAUAAUCUAUGGACUUUUAAUUUAUUAUUAUUAUUUAUAGUAAUAAUUAUGGACAAUAAUGAUAAGGUUUUUAAGAAAAAAAACUUUUAAACCUUUUCUUUCAGGCCAGUUUUGGAAACAGCCUUGAAUUUUAAAGCCUGUCAUGUAAAGAGCUGCUGUUGACGGCACUUAAGCAAUUGCCUUAUAUUAGGUUUUUGUGAAAGACUGUUAACUAGCAUUUCUCUUGCGUGAUUUGUGUCCCUGGUUGGACAUGCAGUGAUGCUACACACGUACAUGCUGUGUCUUUUUAUCAGACAGCUCAAGGACUGAACUGUGUCAUGGGGAAAGAAAUGAGGAACAUGAAAGACAAACCAUAAAAGACAGACCAUGAGAAGGUAUGAACUUCCAUUUUGCAAACAUUCUGCAACUGGAAGAUUACUUUGCACAGUUGGAGCCUACUGGUCCAACAUGAGCCUAUGUGAAGUGAAUCAAAGACUCUAAUGUUGGCUAUUCCAGUUCAAAGAAUGGAAUAGAAUGUUACCAGAGAAGAAUAGUAAAUGUUCAUAUUUUCUUAAUUAGAUAAUAUAUUGUGUUUGGACUUGUUUGUAUUAUAAUAAAUUCUAAUAUGGUGCACACUUGGUGUUU